AAACUUAUCACAGAAGAAGCAUAUACCAUCUCAAAAAGACUAGAAGAAGGAAAGGGGGCACCAAACCUUGCAAGUGCAGAAUGCUUGUGUAGAUUCUUCAAUUGGUAUAUGUUAUUAUGUCACUAUAUUUUCUAUGAACAACUUUGUGGUUCUAAUAUUUUAAUGCUAGAAACUUGGGGUUACUUUCAAAGAACAUUUGAAGAGAGUGGGAUGAAAGUAUAUCAAACUCGUGGUUUUGUAAAAGUACCUAUAAUUCAGAAAUUAUCAGCCAAAAAAGCAGCUGAAAAAAGUCAAUUGAAAAUGAAUGAAUUGUUUGAAAGAACUGAGACUACUACUAUAGAUUAG